GCAAGCUGAGCGAAAUGUAUGGAUUCCUUUUGUUAAGAAGUACGGUUGCUUUCCUUUCACUAGGUCCUUGAGUGGAAUUUAGACUACUCCCCUCCUCUGCUUUCCUCCCCUGCAAUGCAGACAUGACCUAAAGAUGAACUGAGUUUGCCUAGUGGCAGCGUUCAUUUCAGUUGAAAUGAAUGUUGUCAGUGCUUUCAUAAAUGUUAAUUGAGAUUUGUUUGCAGUGUCAACCAGAGGAGUGCUUCAGACCAUCUAAAACUGUGUGCAACGAUUAUUCUACAGAGCUGGGCUUUGGUGGCAUACAGACAUGCAGCUGUGCCGUAAGUCUUGCUGGCUCACAUUUUCUGCGCUUACACUGGUUUCUCCCUCUUUCUGUCAUGAAGGUUACCAUUAAGGGUAUCGAAAGAGAGCUCAUCUGCCCGGCGUGCAAGGAAUUAUUUACCCAUCCACUGAUCCUUCCUUGCCAGCACAACGUCUGUCACAAAUGUGUGAAAGAAAUACUCUUCGCGUUUGAGGACACUUUUGCUGAUGGAGGCUCUGAAUCCUCUAAUCAGAGUAGCCCUCGAAUUAAAAUCUCUUCUUCUAGCAUGGACAGAAUCGACAGGAUUAGUAGAUCAGCCUCACAGAGGAGGUCUUUUGGGUGGAGAGGAUUUGGUGUCUACACAGGCAGAAAACGCAAUUCACUGACUCCUCGAUCGAGUCUAUUUCCUUGUCCGGGUUGCCAGCGGGAUAUUGAUCUUGGAGAACGUGGCAUCAAUGGCUUAUUUCGCAAUUUUACUCUGGAAACCAUUGUGGAAAGGUACAGACAGGCAGCCAGGGCAGCCAUUGCUAUUAUGUGCGAUUUCUGCAAACCUCCACCUCAAGAGUCCACAAAGAGCUGCAUGGACUGCAGUGCAAGCUAUUGCAAUGAAUGUUUCAAAAUACACCAUCCUUGGGGAACUGUCAAAGCCCAGCAUGAAUACGUAGGACCAACCACCAACUUCAGACCCAAGAUUUUGAUGUGUCCAGAACAUGAAAUGGAGAGGGUAAACAUGUACUGUGAACUCUGCAGAAGGCCUGUUUGUCAUCUUUGUAAACUGGGUGGAUGUCACGCAAACCAUAGAGUAACAACCAUGAGCACUGCCUACAAAACCCUUAAGGAGAAGCUUUCAAAAGAUAUCGAGUACCUCAUCAGUAAGGAGAGCCAGGUGAAAGCUCACAUCACACAGCUGGAUCUGCUGGUGAAAGAAACAGAGUGCAACAGUGAAAGAGCUAAAGAAGAAGCAUCUCAGAGUUUUGAGAAAUUAUCUCAUGUCUUGGAAGAGAAGAAAUCUGCAGCUCUUAAGGCAAUUGAAGCCUCUAAGAAUUUAAGGCUGGAAAAAUUGCAGACGCAAGCAGAAGAAUAUCAAGGGCUCCUGGAAAAUAAUGGCCUUGUAGGAUAUGCUCAAGAAGUGCUUAAGGAACCUGAUCCAUCUUUUUUUGUUCAAACAGCAAAACAACUUCAUGUCAGAAUCCAAAAAGCUACUGAAUCUCUGAAGAACUUCAGGCCAGCAGCUGAAACUACUUUUGAAGACUUUGUGGUGGACAUAGCCAAGCAAGAAGACAUCCUUGGUGACUUGGCCUUCCAUUCCAAUGGUCUAGAAACACCAGAAAUCAAUGAAGAGCAGAGCAGAGUCUACAACAAAGCUCUGAUCAGUUGGGAAUGCCCUGGGAAGACAGACUCAGCUGAUACCUAUGUUCUUGAGUAUCAUAAGCUUAAUAGAGAAGAGGAGAGUGCGACGUGGCAGGAGAUCAAAGUUUGCAGCAAGAGCAAAGUAAUAUCUGAUCUUGAUGACAACAGCAGCUAUGCCUUUAGAGUUCGAGGAUAUAAAGCGUCCAUCUGUAGCCCUUGGAGCCAAGAAGUUAUUUUGCAUACCCCUCCAGCUCCAGUUUUCAGUUUUCUUUUUGAUGACAAAUGUGGGUACAACAGCGAACAUCUCCUGCUGAACCCAGGAAGAACCUCUGUGGAAAGUAGGGCUGGAUUUCCUCUGCUGCUGGGAUCUGAGCACAUGCAGGUCGGAUGCUACACAACCCUCGAUUACAUCAUUGGUGACACUGGGAUUGCCAAAGGGAAGCACUUCUGGGCUUUUCAUGUGGAAGCCUAUUCCUACCUGGUGAAAGUGGGAGUUGUUUCUAGCAGCAAGAUACAGAAAUUGUUCCAUAAUACCCAUGAUGUGACCAGCCCAAGAUACGAGCAAGACAGUGGUCAUGACAGUGGGAGUGAAGAUGCCUUCUUUGACUCAUCACAGCCUGUCACACUGGUCACUUUAGGCAUGAAGAAGUUCUUUAUCCCCAUGACACCUGCUUCCCCCAAGGAUCCAGCAAGCAGAAUCCUCCCCCUGCCGUCGUGCUUGGGCAUCUGCCUUGACUGUGACAAAGGCAAGGUGGGGUUUUACGACGCAGGUUGUAUGAAAUGCCUUUAUGAAUCCAAGGUGGACUGCUCUGGCAUGAUGUACCCAGCAUUUGCCUUAAUGGGUGGCGCAGCGGUUCAUCUUGAGGAAGCUGUCACAGCAAGGUAUGGGGAGUACCACGAUGACAUCUAGUGCAGUAAUCUAUUCCCAUUGCUGUUCUGAGAUGGAAAAUGAGAGCAGAAGAAUUCUACCUUAGUUCUCAGUCCUGAUGAAUUACAUUCUACCUACGUGUUGCUCACAAGCCUCUGGGCCAUGGUUUUUUUGAACAAACAGUCCAGACACUUCCCACACCAGUGGGAAAUGUUCUUCCAGGAACUCUCCUGCCUUUCUUGUGAUCUGUGCAAUGCUGUUAUCCGCAGACUUUCUUCCCAGGGGGAAGCAGGGAAGAAGUUUGACUAGCAACCAAAAUUACUCUUCAGGGGUAGAAAUCUGCCUUUUAUGUAACUUAAAUCUACAUAGUCAGUUUUCCAUUGAAUGAAGUCAAAGCUGACAGCACGUGAUUGCUGUUCUCCUUUUAAGAAAUCUGCCUGAAUACCUCUGAAGGGUCAAAUGUUUUCCAGUUAACCCCUGAGCACCAGAGGUUGGGCCUUUCAGAUCGAGAUAACAUUUGCAAAAAUACAAUAUAAAGCAGGGAGAAAUCAGAACUGCAGCUGAACGUUUAGGCUCUCAGCACAUUGCUGGUUCAUGUCCAAUUUUUCAUCCACCAGGAUCCGCAAGUCCUUCUCUGCAGGGCUGCUCUCCAUCCCCCAGCCUGUACUGACACUGGGGACUGCCCAGACCCAAGUGCAGGACCUUGCAUGUGGCCUCAGUGAACCUCAUGAGGUUCACAUGGGCCCAUUCCUCAAACCUGUCAGCGUCCCUCUGGAUGGCAACCCUUCCCUCUAGCAAGUGAACUGCUCAGUUUGGUGUCAUCUGCAAACUUGCUGAGGGUGUACUCAAUCCCACUGUGUUGUUAACAAAGAUACUAAAUAAUACUGGUGCCAGUACAGACCCCUGAGGGACACCACUCAUUACUGGUUUCCACUUGGACAUUGAGCUGUUGACUGUAACUCUUUGGACGUGGCCAUCCAGCCAGUUCCUUUUCCACUGAACAGUCCAUCCAUCAAACCCGUCUCUCUCAAAUUUAGAGGUAAGAAUGUUGUGGGGGAUCUUACCAAAGGCCUUACAGACGUCCAGGUAUAUGACAUCUGUAGCUCUUCCCUUGCCCGUUGAUGCAUUCACUCCAUCACAGAAGGCCACUAACUGAGUGAGGCACAAUUUGCCCUUAGUGAACCCAUGUUGGCUGUCUCUAAUCACCUCCCUGUCUUCUGUACGUUUCAGUGUAUCUUCCAGGAGGAUCUGUUACAUGAUCUUACUGGGCACGGAGGUGGACUGCAUCUGUUUAUAGAAAUCUACAUAAAAAAACACUUGGGUACUUGCACUGUUAACUUGUGUUGUGGAAAAAUAAGGAUCUAAAGUGAAGGAUGUUUCUAAUACAUACUUGGUGCUUUCUAAUUUGGGGAUAUGCUUUCUAAUUUGGGGAUAGUGUUGCAUCUUGAUGAAUGUGUGUGAAGUAUGCUUACUAAGUACAUGUGUACAGCUGUAGAGCUAUGAAACGGGACCUGAAAAUCACAAUACACUUUAAUGAAUGUAGGUCAUAAUGCAAAACCUUUGUGUGCUUUGCUGUCUGAACUGUCGUACUGAUCUGACCUGGAGUCCAUCCCUCACAGUGUCCUCUCUCCUAAGCCUCUGUCUGGUGGCCACUGUCAGAAGAAAUUGGCAGACAUGGUAAUUGGCAGAAAUGUCAUCUGCGCCAAGGUGUGCUUGACAGCCCUUUCAGGGCUAGAAAGGCCCAGCAAGGGCAACUUCUUGUCUCGGCCUCACCUGCAAAUAUUUCUGCCUCAGUAAGGCUGUAUGGAAGUAUGUUCCAUGCCUUUAUUGUGUGCUUGUGUGAGAAACACUUUGAUGUCCCAGGCGGCAGGUGUGAAGCAGUGGAUAUCUUCUGAAACUUUAUCCUGCAGGAGAAAUGGCAAAUUGUCCCUCGCUAAUUAUUAUUUAGGCCAUUUCUUUUUGUAAUAGAUGGUUAUCAUAGCCUUUCUGUCCCAUUAUGCCUUCCCCUUCAUGUUUCCUCUUGCUGGAUGGAAGCCAUUCUGUACUGGUGAGCAUCCUGCUGCCCUUCUUUCUCCUCUUGCCUUCUGAGGCUGACUGAAGGAGCCCUCCAUACAGACACUCUGUUGCUGUGAAGGAUGACAAAAUUCUGGGUUUUCCCUUUUUUCCAUAGUCCUAAAACCAUAUUUGCCUUUUUGGUUGAUACCAAAUGUUAAGGUGACAUUACAAAGUUUCUUCUGCAGUGUUUUCCACGCAGUCCUGAUGGUUAGUUGUAAACAAGUUGUGCACAUACAGGGUUUCUCCACCUUGUGUGUUAUUUUGCAUUUGUUAAUGUUGAAUGUCAUCUGCUUGUUUACUUAGUCACUUAGUCCUGAGGGCCUCCUGCAGCUCUUCAGUCACUGCUAGAGCUGAAUGUUCCUGAGUAGCUUCAUAGGUAACACAAACAUGAUCAUUUUUUCGCUUGCUUUUCCAAAUCUUGGGGCAACUUAAGUUGUAGUGGGACGCAGCAAAUCUCUUUCUGCUGUUAAAAUUUAUUGUUCCUUCCACUUUUUUUCCCUGAGUCAUUUACUAAAUCAUGAUUAGCUAGUGAAGCACUGAAAACUUUUACAUGUUAGUACACUCUGUUGAGUAGAUGACUCAUGUUCUUGUGUGUGUGAGCCCAGUAGUCAGAUAAACCCAGGAGACAGGAUUCUCUCUUCAGUAGCUGUGAUUUCUCCCAUUGUAUAAUCACCAUUUGUCCGUUCAUCUACCAAACCUGGUAACGGCUUAAAGCUACAGAUUACAGGGCUGAACUUUCUGGUUUGUUUUUGCUAGACCAAAUCUCCUUCCACAGACAAAUGUAUCAUUUUUGAUUCCUCUGUUUCAGAAAUGGGUCUAAGUUAAGAGGUUUUUGUCACGGUUAGCACUCCACGGUUCCACGUUUGGAUUCUUUAUAAGCAUCUGGACCAAUAUCACCAGGCUUUGGCCUUUCAUUACUUUAUGGAAAUAUUAAUAAACUGAACACUCUAUCUUAGAAGGAAGACAGUCUCUCAGACUCAUUUAUUUAAAAAAAAAAGAUUAAAUUUUACUGAUUUGAGAACACAGAAGUGAGAAAUUAAAAAUUUAGGGGUUUUUUUCCUACUAUAGCUUUACCUUACAUUCAUUUGAGAUGUGCUCUGCUAUGCAAUUACUUAUUCUACUGGACAGAGACUGACACUACCUUAAACAUUUAUCUAAUCUACCUUUUGAUAUGUCUGUUUGCAUUUAUCUCAUUCCGAGUUUAAAUGAUUUGGCUUUUGGUGUUACUUGAAUAUUUAGGAUGCAUUCAUUACGGUACUCUAUGGUGCUUACUCCAGCUUAUUAAAUAACACAGUCAGAGGCACUGAAAACACUGUCAGAUUUUUUCCACUGCAAUGGAACUGUCACCUUUCAGAAAUACAGUUCAGCAGUACUUGCCUAUCCAGAUACUUAUUUUUCCAGAACAAGUUUCUUCCUAUGAAACAGCACUUUACAAUGUAGACUAAGCUAAGAAUGGUGUGGUAUUGUGUGGAUCUUUGUGCAAUAUAGCUGUUUGGUGAGUACUGUGUGAUGUGCAAAGCUCCAUGCAAGUGUGAAUCAUGUAGACCACUUUCUAGAUAUCUAAAGCUUUAACAAAAAGGCCUUGUUUAAACAUAUUCUGAAAUGUAAAUGUGAUGUCUCUUUUUUUUUUAAUAAAAGCUGAAAAUACA